UUUUCAUUAUUUGAUGUUUACAAUAACAUAGAAUUGUGGGGUAAAUAAGUAAUUGGAAAUGUUCCUUAAAUGUAGUGGAAGUUAAUCGAAUUAAAGGUAGUUCACACAAAUUUGUUGUAUUUGAAAUAUUUCAUUGACAACAUGUCUAAAGUAAAGAAGAUAGCACAUAGUGAGAAUGUCAGUAGUUCAUCCGAUACAUCUACCUCCCCAUCGUCAGGGGACGAAAUAGAUGCACAAGAUUUAAAACCAAUUAGAGACUAUUUGUCAAAUCGUCGAGAAUUAGCUCGUCAACUGUUUAAGUCUGUUAAAGCAGAUAAAAUACAAAUGAUGUUACCCCAAGUUUUAAGAAAAAUGGAUUUUGAGCAGUUAGAGGAAUGGUGUGCUAAUGAAUUAAGUGGUAUGUCAAAGGCACGUAUAUUGUGUAUCUUAAAGGGGAAAGCCAUGGUAGAAUCAUCUGAUACAACUGAGUCAGAUGAUUCAGGACCUUCUCUUGAAAUCAUCUCUGACACUGAGGAAUGGUUUACUGAUGAGGAUAUAAUAAAACAGGAAGAAGGUAUGCAAUCUCUUAAAGCAAAGGUAAAAAAGGAUAAAGUUAAACAAAAAGGAAAAUCUCUACAUAAAAGGAGCGAUAGUAAACUUAAUCAUAAAAAGGUUCCUGAUAAUAUUUAUAAAAAUAUACAAAUAAAGAAAGAGGAACAGGCAGAAAUAAGUAAAGAAAAGGAAGGUGAUAGUUUGUUAGAUUUGUUAGAAUUAGAAAUGCGUGCAAGAGCAAUACGAGCCUUAAUAAGGAAAGAGGAAGACAUAAUACCAAAUGCAUCUAAAUCUAAAGGAAGUGACAAUGCUGCAACUGGUACUGCUGUAUCUAAAGCUGAACAAGAAGAAAUGAAAGAAAAAGAAAAUUGUCGAAGACAGUUGGAAAGGAUUAUUAGUGCUCAACAGAGUAGUACUGCUGAGGAUGAAGAUGUAGUUUUAGUGGUUCAACCAACUCCGACUAUUGAAUUAUUGUCUAGUGAAAGUGACGGAGAGUCUCAUGGUGGUGUACGUAUUAAUAAAAAAUUGGAGAACGAACGUGUUAUGAACACAAAGGACAAUAUUGAGGGUGCUAAGAAUGAAGAUACUAACAAUAUACAUAAUGUAAAUAGCAUAGAAAAGUUGAAAGAAAAUGAAGUGUCUAAAAAUGGAACAGAAAGUCAUAAAGAAUUAGAUACACUUAAGACUGACAUUUCUAAACGAGUUCAUAGCAAUAAUAUAGCUAAUAAUGAUACUCAGUCGAAAUCUAAUGGAAAGAGACGGAAAAUGAAGAAAAAAUUACAUACUAAGGAAGAAUCAAAAAAUGCUAGUUCUAAAAUAGAUAUGCAGAAAGAAAAAUCACGCAGUGAAAGUCAACAUACAAAGAGUGUAAAGAAAGAUAAGUGUUUGUCAGUAGAUGAUGUACCUGAAAAUAUAAAAUUAAAUGGAAAUGAACAAGAAAAUGAUAUUAAAUCAACAGUAAUAUACAAUAAUUCAACAAAAAAUAAAAAUUCUGGAGAAGCAAUAAAUAUACAGAAAAAAAUAUUAUUAGAUGAGGAGAAGUCCAUCGACUUAGAUGAAAUAAUUGACUUAGAUAAUUACUGCGAUGACAUGGAUGAUAUAGAAAGCAGUGAAAAUGAUAAAAAUAAAAAUAAAGUAACUACCAAAAGUGGUGAUUCCAAAUUUCAAGCAGGAAUGUGUUCUACUCAAAAAACAAAUGGACCUGAAACUUGGGCAAGUCGAUACUAUCAAACAGAUGAUGUUCAAAAUGUGAUAAAAGAAUCCAAGAUACAGUCAGAAAUUCGUAAACGUUUGAGGGAACGUCAAAGACUUUCUAAGCUUAGUACAUCUCCAAAUACAAAUUCUCUAUCAUCGUCUCCCAUAAUAGAAACGGGAACUAAGAUAGGUAUGAAGAAAGAUCCAUUAGGUUCGGUUAACGAGUAUCUAGCUUUAAAACAAACUACUGCUACAAGUCUCGGUACUACCGAUAAUAAUACUGAUUCUAGCAUAUUAAAAGAUAAAGAUGCAUUUUCCAUUACAUGUACUGACACGAGUUCAGUAAUUGAAAGUAGUUCUACAUCAAUUGUACAUUCUGAGGAGCACAAUGUUAACAAAGAAACUGAUUUAGGUGAUAAUGCAAAUAUUGAUAACUCAAGUAUGAUAAAAAAAGACAAGCUAACAAGUGCAAUUAUUAGUACACAUUCUGACUAAUACAAUUUGAAUAUCAAAGACAUAAUUGUACUGCUUGAAUCUGAAGUCAUCUAUGUAAUAUGUGAAAUAGGAUAAAUAAAUUGUACAGUGUUAUAGUAUGAUGUAUCGAGAUUCUUAAAUAAGUAAUAAUGUAUUAUUGUAUUAAUGAUAACAAUUAUUUGUAUAUACAGACAUCGUAAUAAAUAGCUUUAAUUCACUUUU